CGCGUCCGUCCGUCCGGGUCCCCGCGUCCGUCCGGGUCCCCGCCGCCGCCGCCCCGGUCCCCCCGCCGUCCGCUCCGCGAUGAGGCUCCUGGCUGGGCGCUGCGGGGCGCUGCUGGCGUGCCUGGUCCUGGUGCUCCCGGUCUCCGAGGCCAACUUUUUGUCAAAGGAGCAUGCUUCUCAGGUCCUGGUUAGGAAACGCCGUGCAAAUUCUAUGUUUGAAGAAACCAAAAAAGGUAAUCUUGAAAGAGAAUGCAUUGAAGAAUUGUGCAAUAAAGAGGAAGCCAGAGAGAUCUUUGAAAAUGACCCUGAAACGGAUUAUUUUUAUCCAAAAUACUUAGGUUGUCUUGGCUCUUUCCGAGCUGGAUUGUUCACUGCUGCGCGCCUGUCCACUGAUGCUUACCCCGAUCUAAGGAGCUGUGUCACUGCCAUUCCAGACCAGUGUAGCCCUCUGCCGUGCAACGAGGAUGGAUACAAGACCUGCAGGGAUGGCCAAGCUACAUUCACUUGCAUCUGUAAGCCAGGCUGGCAGGGCGACAGGUGUGAGUACGAUAUAAACGAGUGCAAAGAUCCCUCAAAUAUAAAUGGAGGUUGCAGCCAGAUGUGCGAUAAUACACCUGGAAGUUACCACUGUUCCUGUAAAAGUGGUUUUGUUAUGCUUUUGAAUAAGAAGGACUGCAAAGAUGUGGAUGAGUGCUCGAUAAUGCCGGACAUUUGUGGCGCAGCCGUGUGCAAGAACAUCCCCGGGGACUAUGAAUGCGAAUGUGCGGAAGGCUACAGAUACAAUCCCGCGCUCAAGUCUUGUGAAGAUGUGGACGAAUGCUCUGAGAACCUGUGUGCUCAACUUUGUGUCAACUACCCUGGAGGUUACUCUUGUUACUGUGAUGGGAGAAAAGGAUUCAAACUCGCCCAAGAUCACAAGAGCUGUGAGGCUGUUCCAGUGUGCCUGCCCUUGAACCUCGACAAGAAUUAUGAAUUACUUUACCUGGCAGAGCAAUUUGUAGGGGUGGUUUUAUAUUUAAAAUUUCGUUUGCCGGAAAUCACCAGAUUUUCAGCUGAAUUUGAUUUCCGGACAUACGAUUCAGAAGGUGUUAUCCUGUAUGCGGAAUCUCUUGACCGCUCGGCUUGGUUCCUGAUUGCGCUUCGUGAUGGAAAAAUUGAAAUUCAGUUUAAGAAUGAAUUUACAACCAAAAUCACAACUGGAGGCAAGGCUAUUAAUAAUGGGCUGUGGAAUACGGUCUCUGUGGAAGAACUAGAAUACAGUAUUAGUAUAAAAAUAGCUAAGGAAGCCGUCAUGAAUAUAAAUAAACCCGGACGCCUUUUUAAGCCUUCAAAUGGAUUCCUAGAAACUAAAGUAUAUUUUGCAGGAUUACCUCGGAAAGUGGAGAAUGUCCUCAUUAGACCGAUUAACCCUCGUCUAGAUGGAUGUAUACGAGGCUGGAAUUUGAUGAAUCAAGGAGCUUCAGGAGUAAAGGAAAUUAUUCAAGAAAAACAGAAUAAGCAUUGUCUCGUCACGGUGGAGAAGGGCUCCUACUACCCUGGUUCUGGAGUGGCUGUGUUUGGCAUAGAUUAUACCCCCGACUCCGACUCCGCGGCCGGCGCCUGGCAGCUGAACGCGUCGCUGAGCGUCCGCGCCUCGGCCGGCACCGGCGUCCUGCUCGCCCUGGUUUCCGGCAGCUCCGUGCCCCUCGCCCUGUCGCUGGCGGACUCCAUCUCCGAGACGCUUCAGGAUAUCCUAGUGUCUGUUGAAAAUAUUGUAAUAUCUCGGAUAGAGGCUGUCAAUCUGUGUUCCAAUCAACAAGUCCAUCUGGAAUUAAAAGUCAACAGAAACAAUCUGGAGCUGUCAACUCCAGUUAAAAAAGAUACCAUCUCCUCUGAAGACCUUCCACAACAAUUUGCCAGUUUGGACAAAGCAAUGAAAGGAACAGUGACCACUUACCUGGGUGGUCUUCCAGAUAUUCCAUUUGGUGCCACACCAGUGAAUGUCUUUUACAAUGGCUGUAUGGAAGUGAACAUUAAUGGUGUUCAGCUGGAUCUGGAUGAAGCCAUUUCUAAGCAUAAUGAUAUUAGAGCUCACUCGUGUCCAUCAGUUUUGAAAAGCACAAAGAAUUCUUAAGGCUUCUUUCCUGUGCUGAUAAUAUAUUUUUCCUGUGCGUAAUUAUACUUAUGUUUCAAUAAUAGCGGAAGGGUUUUCCCUGCACUGUGCAGACUUUGAUUAUUUUAUGGUACUUUGACUUUCCUGGAAUUUUAAAAAGGUCCUUUUUCAAGAAGAACAAGAUCCUCUUGUGAUACAAAUCACAUUAAAAAAAUUCUUACCUCUAUUGCUGCCUAGAAAUUAAAUAAUGGAAUACACAAACAUUUCUAAUUUGAAUUUUUGCUACAAAUGACAUUUCUUCAUUUUUAUGUUUGUAAAAGUAAAAUUAAAUUUUGUCACCAUGA